AUGUCCAAUCUAGAAGUCAAGGAAACUUUGUUAAACACGUGCGUAUCGGAAAAGUCAGACGCAAGCCACUACAGGUUAGCCUGCAUCCAGUACACUCCUGUCAGCAGCCCGGCAAAAAUGAUAAAUGAUGAUACACCGACAGAGCAACAACUCCAGCUUGUUCACAUACAGUGGAUAUGUAGACUGGAACAAUUGUUGUCAUGUGUACUGGACGGUCACCGCAUUUGCGUCUGA